CGGAAAGGAAGUGACGUUAUUUCCGGUGGCCCGGAGCCGCAGGCUGGGUUCUGGCGGUUUUUAUAUCUUCAUUCUUGUAAGUUUACGCCAUGGAGUUCCCGGACCUCGGGCAGCAUUGCUCGGAACCGACCUGCAAGCAGCUGGAUUUUCUACCUCUCAAAUGUGACGCCUGUGAGCAGAUUUUCUGCAAAGACCACGUAACGUACGCCCUCCACAACUGCAGCUCCGCGUACAAAAAGGAUGUGCAGGUUCCAGUUUGUCCCCUCUGUAACAUCCCAAUCCCUGUUAAAAGAGGCCAGACGCCAGACAUCGUUGUUGGGGAGCACAUUGAUCGUGACUGCAGGUCGGACCCGGCUCAGCAGAAGCGCAAGAUCUUCACUAAUAAAUGCGGGAAGUCGGGCUGCCGGCAGAAAGAACUCAUGAAAGUGAUCUGUGAAGACUGCCACGGAAACUUCUGCCUCAAGCAUAGGCACCCACUUGAUCAUGAAUGCAAAGGCAACAGCACCCCCAUCUCCCGGGCAGGGCAUGCCGCGUUGCUCAGGUCUCAGGCUUCCUCUUCCAAAGCCCCAUCUUCCUCUAGUCACACAGCAGCCAAGCCAGCAUCACAACCUCAGCGCAGCAGAGCAAGUGUUCCUAGUGCCCAUCCACCCGCUGCAGCCGCUCUACAGAACGGAUUAUCAGAAGAAGAAGCUUUACAGAGGGCUUUGGAAAUGUCCCUUUCAGAAUCGGCACAGAAUGCGACUGCGCAGCACAGCUCUCAGGAAGAAGAGGAUUUGGCUCUUGCCCAAGCUCUGUCCGCUAGUGAGGAAGAAUACAGGCGGCAGCAGGCGGGGCAGGAGAGUCGUACUGCCAAACAGAGCACCUGCAGUAUGUGCUAGCGUCACCCGGACCAGCCCUCACUCAGCACAGAUACAGAAUCGGGACCUAAUCAAAGCUGCAACGCCUCGCUGGUUUUCCAAGGACGACAGAAGUGGACUGGGAUUUGCAUGCAUCGAUUUCUUUGCAGUCUGUUUUUUUGGCACAGUGGCCAUUAACUUGCAGAUCACUUGAAGUGGAUUUAUGACCUUCCUAGGUGGACAGCAGGUGAUUAAAGGGAACGUGACCAUGGUUUGGGGCCGUGAUACAACCAGCGGGGGUUUAGCUUUGUAAUGAUGCCCCCGUGAAACCAGGCUGUUACGGGAUUACCUGUGCACACUCGUUGAUGAGAGGUGUGCUGUCCUCGGCUUCCUAUGCACGGUUUCCAGUGGAGCAUGCUUAGAAAGCCAGACCCCAGCUGCGCAAAGCAAGUGACAGGUUCCCUUUAAGGACUACAUGGGACUCUCCUGCUGCCCUUGUUUUAUUGCCUCAGGUCCGCCAUUAGCUGCACAGUCUUGGGUGGGUAUUUGACCGGUGGGCAAGAUGUCGGAAAUAUCUGUAACGGCUGUGAAAGAGAAAUUCCAGUCUUAAAGGGGUUUUCUAGGAGUUCAAUAUUGAUGCCCUGUCAUCUGCAUAGAUCAUCAAUAUCUCAUCAGUGGAGAUCUGGCUUCCAGCACCCCCGCAGCGCAUGAGUGAGCCUUUCCCAAAACUUAAGACGUCACAUCCAUCGGUCGCAUAGGCCUGAGCUGCAAUACCAAGCACAGCCACUAUACAGGUUACGGCGCUGUUCUAUCGGGAGACUGUAGCGCCGGAGCCUCUUCAAUCAGCUAGGGUGCUGUGUCUGACCCCCAACGGUCUGACAAUAUUGAUGUCCUGAGGAUUAGGUCAUGAAUAUUUAACUCCUGGAAACCCCCUUUUAAUAGGGGGGAGACCUAUCAAAACUAAUGCAAAGGAGAAGUCAAGGACUUGAUUGGCUGAUGUGGGAAAGUCCUUGACGUUUUCUUUUCACCAGUUUUUAGUCGUCCCAGCAGGUGGCGACAGCGAGCUUUUCCCCGAAAAUAGACAGCGUAAGAGCUGAACGCCAUAAGAUGCUGACUUAUGAUUGGCGGGUAUGUUCAGAUGCAGACAGAUUUUUUUUAAUUUUUCCUGCUGCCCCAUGUGAUUGGGUUUUUAUAAGAUUCCAGUUAUGGAUCUGCACCAAAUGCUGCCGCGUCUGAACACGGAUAUAUGGUAUCAUUCAGAUUUCUAACAAUUGUGGCUGGAAUUCCUCUUGGAGAAGACAUUGGCCAUGGAAGAUUUGCUCCAGAGGUAGAAGGUCUUUAACCAACUCUUAAUUCCAAAGAAAUGUUAUAUAUAUACGCAAGACCUGCCUUUAAUUCUCUUUGUCCGGCUCACACUUGUACUUUUCCAUUCCUCUGACUUAAAGGGAUUGUCUGGGAUUUUUAUACUGAUGGUUUAUCCUCCAGAAUAGGCCAUUACAAUCUUAGGGCUCAUGCACACCACCGUAUGUAUUUUGCGGUCUGCAAAAAACGGAUCCGUAAGAGAUGACAUCCGUGUGCAUUCCAUAUUUUGUGGAACGGAACAGCUGGCCCCUAAUAGAACAGUCCUAUCCCUGUCCGAAUGC